AUGCCGCCCAAACGGGAAGACAUCCAAGUCGGCGAGGAGACGUGGAAGGUGCCAUUUUGGCAGGAGCCGAUUCGGCAGGAUCAGCUGGCGCUCCAUGAGGACGGCAACUUGAUCUAUGCGAAGAGAGAGGGGUAUCUGCAGAAGCGAGCUGGAAGAUCGCGGUUCCGGUGGACCAUCCGGUUCUUCGAGCUGAAGGAGGGGCAGAUUCGGUGGUGGAGGCCGUCCUUCGUGGAUCAACUUCGGCAGCCUCGGCCGCCCCAGGUCAUCCGCAACAAGGAGCCCCGCCCCCGGCCCGUCCGAUGCCUGGACCUGACGCAGCUCAAGCGCGUCACUCGAACACAGGUGAAGUUUCCCUACUCGACGCGCAUCUUGUUGCAGUUCAAGGAGGAAUACACGGAUUACCAGCUGGAGCUCAGAUCUGAGCGCGAACUCGAGAUUCUGGAGUGGUUCAAAAUCUUGAUCCGGUUCACCAUGGAGAGCUGCGAGGUUGUUGUGGAUCGAGAUGACGCACCGGCAGCCGUGCCAGGUCAAGAGAGUGAAACUGAGCGAGAAUCACCUGAUCGAAUGUAG